GUCUCAGCAUUCAACGUCACUUCCGACAGCCAGGAGUGCCACUUCCGCCAACCAUGCGGAACUUCCGUCUCUUUCUGUCAGACUCGUCUCCCUGGUGACGUCGUGAAGCGCCGGGGCUGCUGCCGUAAAGCGGCUGUCAUGGCGGAGCUGCACCCCCGCGCCGGGAAGCUGGUCAUCCUCAGCAACGGGAACCGGACGGCGACCCGGAAACAGCCGGCGCAGGAGUUCAACCAGGGCCUAGUGCUGAGCUCCCGGCCGCUGGGACCCGGGGAGGUCUUCACCGUGCGCCUGGAGCGUAAGAUGAACUCGUGGAGCGGAUCCAUGGAAAUUGGCCUGACUACACAGGACCCCUCCCUUCUCGAGUUCCCCAGCAGUGCCACUGGAUUGAAGGGUGGUUCAUGGAUUGUGUCCGGGUGUUCGGUGCUAGAAGAUGGUCACUCCAUUCUGGAGGAAUAUGGACAAGACCUGGAUCAGCUGGGCGAGGGUGAUCGUGUGGGGGUUCAGCGGACCCUCUCUGGGGAACUGCAUCUUUGGGUUAAUGGCAGAGACUGUGGAAUGGCAGCGGCUGGGAUUCCACCGGGAGUCUGGGCUGUAGUGGAUUUGUACGGGAAAUGCACUCAGAUCACCGUCCUGUCUUGUCAGCAGCCCCCCGAAGAGGAAGAGGAGGACCUGGAGGAGCCGGACACAGAUUCCCCGCUCUCCAUGGGACAUCCCCGACCUGACAAGUUCCCCAGCAGCCUGGAGGCUGAGAAUGGGUUCUCCAGCACAGAACUAUCUGCAGUGGUAAGUAAUGCCAUCUUGUCUGCAUAUCAUGGGAAUCUCCUGAACGUCAGCCUGGGGUCUCCUCCAACCUCGACGGAGCACUCUCCACCCACGUCCAACGAUGCUCUGCUGUUCCAUGAGAAAUGCGGUACUCUCAUCAAACUCAGUAACGGCAACAAGACGGCAGAACGGAGGCGACCCCUCGAUGAGUUCAACAACGGCGUGGUGAUGACCAACAGGCCCCUGAAGGACAGUGAGAUGUUUGAGAUUCGUAUCGAUAAACUGGUGGAUAAAUGGUCGGGAUCCAUUGAAAUUGGAGUCACCACGCACAAUCCCAACAGCCUGGAGUAUCCGGCCACCAUGACCAACCUACGCUCAGGAACCAUCAUGAUGAGUGGCUGUGGAAUUCUGACCAAUGGGAAGGGUACGCGCCGGGAGUACUGCGAGUUCAGCCUGGAUGAGCUUCAGGAGGGAGAUCACAUCGGGCUGACGAGGAAAUCUAGCGCCGCUCUUCACUUUUACAUAAACGGCAUGGACCAAGGUGAGUCCUGCUUAGUGUCUGCCUCAUUCACUGUGUCAGGAUCUAUAGAAGCUGGUGUCACUGCUAUUCGUCCCGAGGAUCUGGAGUUUCCCAACACAAUGACGGACAUUGAUUAUGAUACGUGGAUGCUGAGUGGCACAGCCAUAAUGCAGGACGGAAACACCCUGAGGACCAACUAUGGCUGCGAUCUGGAUACCCUGGGAGCCGGUUCUAGGAUUGGAAUGAUGAGAACGGCGACAGGAGAUCUGCAUUAUUACAUAAAUGGUGAAGACCAAGGCGUGGCCUGUACAGGGCUUCCGCCUGGGAGAGAUAUCUAUGCGGUGAUAGACCUCUAUGGACAGUGCGUUCAGGUUUCUCUGACUGGUGGUAGCGGUCUCAUAGACAACAGUUUGUCUGUAAGUCACAUGACGGACAAAUCCUUCCCGACCCCGUCACCGGUCCCCAGCGUCACUCACAGGUUCCAUGCGGUGUGCGGGAAGAAUGUGUCUGUCCUGUGCGAUGGGACUCGGGCAGAGCGGAACGCUGGCUACGCAGACGGCAUUGUGUUCAGCAGCAGUGAGCUCCUUGUGAAUGAGGUCUUUGAGGUGAGAGUGGAGCGACUGGACCCCCGCUGGUCAGGAUCCUGUCACAUUGGAGUCACUUCAAUCCCUCCUCAUGAUGCCCCAUUCCUGGGGAGUGGUCUACCAGCAAGAGCGCUUGAUCUCCUUACUCGCGUUACGUGGCUGGUCUCCGGGUCUGAGGUCCUCCGGAAUGGACAGCGCCUCCGAGAGAAUUACUGUAGCAGCUUAGAGCGGGCCAGAGUAAGUCAUGUGUCUUGCUGGGGCUUUGUGAGAAUGAGCAAUGGGAUCUGGGAGGCACCACGUGAGGGGGUAUUUGCGGUCCUGGAUCUACAUGGCUGUGUCACUGCUGUGUCUGUUGUCAGCUCCUCAGCACUAGAAGAAGUGGACGCCACCAAACCUCCGUCCAUAACGUCCGAGAGCGAGGAGGAAGAAGAUAUAGAGCACAGCGGUGACCCUGUGCCCGUUCUGCAGCCUCUGUCUUUGCACUUUUUGGGAAAUCAUGGGAAGAACAUUCUCCUAUCACACGGGAGCAGGACGGCUACACGCGUGUCCAGCUAUAACCAGGGGGUUGUGGUCGUGGCUCAGCCGUUACCUCGUCUCUUCCUCUUCCAGGUGCGCAUAGACCAGCUCUCCCCGCGCUGGACCGGCUCCCUCUCCAUCGGAGUCUUUGGCGUUUCACCGGAGAGGUUCAAUUUCCCCGCCACAGCCACCGCCAUCAAGAGGAGUUCCUGGAUAUUCCAGCGCAGUGCCAUGCUAUGCAACGGAUCCAAGAUCCGGGAAUGCUAUGGACCUAACCUUGACCUGUGCCCGGAAGGAACGUGUCUCGGUCUUCUGCUGGACGCAUCGGGGGGACUGCACUUGUAUAUUAAUGGACUGGAUCAGGGUGUAGGAGCGCCGGAUCUCCCGGAUCUCUGUUACGUCAUUGUAGACCUGUAUGGACAGUGUGAGCAGGUGUCCAUAGUGACGGGAGAGGUGCAAGGGGCAGAGUCGGAGGGGCACGAGGGUCAUCUGCCUGGAGAGAGAGAGAAAGCUGACAUGGUGGAUGGUGUGAAGGAGAGCCUGUGCUGGGUGCCCGCUGACCCUCUCGCCCUCCUGAGCUGUGAAUAUCUUGCCCUCUGCCUCCGAUUUAAGGAUUUCCUGCUUCUGCCAGAUGGCUAUUUCAUGGAGGAUUCCCGGUCGUGUGUGUGCCACUGUGACUCGUGUCACAAGCUGCGGGGAGAGGAGAUGUACAGUAAGAGGGGAGACCCCCUGCGGGAGUAUGCGGAGCCCGGCGGCUGGUGCAGCUUCUCUCUCAGGCUCAGCCCGCGGCUCUCGUGUACACAGUACAAGAAAUGGCAUAUCGCAUACCAAGGCAGUAGCGCAGGAAGUGUGCGAAGACUGCUAGACCGAGGAGAGCUGCUGCCAGGUUCCUCCUGUAUACUCACGUCUGUGCCGAUGAAGUCCGAUCCACAGAAUGGCUUUCCCGCAUCGGAACCCAACGUCCUGCAGAGCCGAGAGGUGCAGAGCGCAAUUCUGUCGCCAACGCUGCGAUAUGCUGGGCUGCCCGAUUUCUGUCCCAAAGUACAAUUCAGAGACCCUCGCACUCAGCGUAUGUUCGGAGCGCAGGUUGCUUUACAAGUAUGUGUACGUCCUGGAUCUUAUAAGGUGGGCCCACCAUCAACGGGGCCUUCUGAUUUCUUGGAUCCCAGAAUUCCCAACUCUGAGGUGGAGUGGCUGACCAAGGAGAAGGGGGCCACUGUUCUGAGGGGUCUGCUGGUGCGUGUGGAAUGAACUUUAUACCUCGUCCUGUAGGUCCGCUGAUGUCACACUAGGAGAGAGGACUGGGAACAUCUGUGCCACAAAGGGGGGCAUCUGUUACACCCCCUCGUUGUUUCUUAACUUUGCUCUCUCUGAACUCUUCUCCCUUUUCUUUAUUUUGUGUCUCACCCCCUUUUUGUCCUUCUCAAAGUUGUUUACAUUCCCCCACUCCCAUUAAUUUAUUGGAAGGAUGAAGCAUCUGGCGGGCGGACUCGGAGAGACCUUCCCAUUGCGCCAGACCGUUAUUUAAGCUGCUGUUCUUUUUCCUGAUUUGUACAUUGAGUUUAUUUUUUUUUUAAUACAUAAAUUUCUUGUACAGAA